UGAACGGAAGUGACGUUUGGAAGCGGGACGGAAGUGCCUGGGAAACGCGACCAUAAGCUGGUGCUUUCGCUCGAGCGACGUUCUCCGCCUGUGUUUCCUGCUCCUGAGAGUUUGACUUGCCGCCGCCAAGAUGUACGACGCGGACGAAGAUAUGCAAUAUGAUGAAGAUGAUGAUGAAAUCACCCCAGAUUUGUGGCAAGAAGCAUGCUGGAUUGUCAUCAGCUCUUACUUUGAUGAAAAGGGCCUGGUCCGUCAGCAGCUUGAUUCAUUUGAUGAGUUCAUUCAGAUGUCUGUGCAGAGAAUUGUCGAAGAUGCCCCACCCAUCGAUCUGCAAGCAGAAGCUCAACAUGCUACAGGCGAAGUAGAAGAGCCACCUCGCUAUCUUCUGAAAUUUGAGCAAAUUUAUCUAUCCAAGCCUACACAUUGGGAAAGAGAUGGUGCCCCUUCACCUAUGAUGCCAAAUGAAGCAAGACUGAGAAACCUCACGUACUCUGCUCCAUUGUAUGUGGACAUAACUAAGACAGUUGUUAAAGAAGGAGAGGAUCAGUUACAGACGCAACAUCAAAAAACAUUUAUAGGAAAGAUCCCUAUCAUGCUGCGAUCCACAUAUUGCCUGCUAAAUGGCUUGACUGAUCGUGAUCUUUGUCAACUGAAUGAGUGCCCUCUUGAUCCUGGUGGCUAUUUUAUUAUUAAUGGAUCAGAAAAGGUUCUGAUUGCUCAGGAGAAAAUGGCUACCAACACAGUAUAUGUGUUUGCAAAGAAGGAUUCUAAAUAUGCAUACACAGGAGAAUGCCGUUCCUGCCUGGAGAAUUCUUCUCGACCCACAAGUACGAUAUGGGUUAGCAUGUUGGCUAGAGGUGGGCAGGGUGCAAAGAAGAGUGCCAUAGGGCAGCGCAUUGUAGCAACGUUGCCGUACAUCAAACAGGAAGUCCCCAUCAUUAUUGUCUUUCGUGCCUUAGGGUUUGUCUCUGACAGAGACAUCUUGGAGCAUAUAAUUUAUGACUUUGAAGAUCCUGAGAUGAUGGAAAUGGUUAAACCUUCUUUAGAUGAGGCAUUCGUCAUCCAGGAACAGAAUGUUGCCCUGAAUUUCAUUGGUUCAAGAGGCGCAAAGCCUGGUGUCACCAAAGAGAAAAGGAUCAAGUAUGCAAAAGAAGUUUUGCAGAAAGAGAUGCUUCCACAUGUUGGUGUCAGUGACUUCUGUGAAACCAAAAAGGCUUAUUUUCUUGGGUACAUGGUUCAUAGGUUAUUGCUGGCAGCUUUGGGGAGAAGGGAGCUGGAUGACAGAGAUCACUACGGCAACAAACGACUGGAUCUUGCAGGGCCAUUACUUGCUUUCUUGUUCAGAGGAAUGUUUAAGAACUUGCUGAAGGAAGUUAGAAUAUAUGCACAGAAGUUUAUUGACAGAGGGAAAGAUUUUAACUUGGAGCUAGCAAUUAAAACCAGAAUUAUAUCAGACGGGCUGAAAUACUCCUUGGCUACAGGGAACUGGGGAGACCAGAAGAAAGCUCAUCAGGCCAGAGCUGGAGUAUCUCAAGUCUUGAACCGACUCACCUUUGCAUCUACGCUUUCCCACUUGCGUCGUUUGAAUUCCCCUAUUGGCAGAGAUGGUAAAUUAGCAAAGCCCAGGCAAUUGCACAACACAUUGUGGGGAAUGAUCUGUCCUGCUGAAACUCCAGAGGGUCAUGCUGUGGGACUUGUGAAGAAUCUUGCUCUCAUGGCCUAUAUUUCUGUGGGAUCCCAGCCAUCUCCAAUUCUGGAAUUUUUAGAAGAAUGGAGCAUGGAAAACCUGGAAGAAAUCUCUCCAGCAGCCAUUGCAGAUGCUACAAAGAUCUUUGUAAAUGGAUGUUGGGUUGGAAUCCACAAAGACCCAGAACAGCUUAUGAAUACGCUGAGGAAAUUGCGUCGUCAGAUGGACAUCAUUGUGUCAGAGGUGUCCAUGAUCAGGGAUAUCCGGGAGCGAGAAAUUCGCAUUUAUACUGAUGCUGGCAGGAUUUGCCGCCCACUUCUGAUUGUGGAAAAACAAAAGUUGCUUCUAAAGAAGAGGCAUAUUGACCAAUUGAAGGAACGUGAAUAUAACAAUUACAGUUGGCAGGACUUGGUGGCCAGUGGUGUAGUGGAAUACAUUGACACGCUAGAAGAGGAGACUGUUAUGUUGGCCAUGACUCCAGAUGACCUGCAGGAGAAAGGGAUUGCAUACUGUUCAACUUACACACACUGUGAGAUUCACCCGUCCAUGAUCCUAGGAGUCUGUGCCUCCAUUAUCCCAUUUCCAGAUCACAAUCAGUCUCCUAGGAAUACCUACCAAUCUGCUAUGGGCAAACAGGCCAUGGGUGUUUAUAUCACCAACUUUCAUGUUCGAAUGGAUACACUUGCCCAUGUGCUGUAUUAUCCUCAGAAGCCCCUUGUGACUACGCGCUCUAUGGAAUAUCUGAGAUUCAGAGAGUUGCCAGCAGCUGAGGAGCUGUAA